UAUUUACAAAUUGUAGUGUCCCGAUUCAUCAUACAUAUGUAGUUUAUGUUCUUUGACAAGAAAAAUAUUUCCAUUGCAUGUACACAAAUACUGGUUGACUUUAUUUUUUUUUUCACAAAUUGACAUUAUGUUAUGCAUUAUGUGAUAAGUCACGUUAGCUUCAAAAGAGAUCUAAGAAAAUUAAUCCAAAUUCGUGAAUUCAUGUCUCUGAUGUGACGUGUAAGUGGACAGUCCUGUACCACAUGUUGUUUGUACCGCACCUCACUGACACAGAUGCUCUUCCAGCAGUAACGUUCCACGUCUCCGCCUGUCACUCUUGCACACCAAUUCUUGCCAAGUCACCCGGAAUUUCGUGAAAGAGGUGCUUGCUUCAUCCUUUGGAGUUGGCGACACACUUGUAUCUAAUAGGUCCAAAGUGUGGCCCUACAGGAUGGCAAGAGGAACAGUAGCACCACUGUGUUGGGCGUUGCUCUCUGUCGUAUCUGCUGAGACUAAGAGCAACACCGAAGUCUGCAAGAUUUUCAGCAGUCUCAAAAUCAGUCAUGGCCAGAAUGUGACCUAUUGGUGCCCAGCAGAAGAGUGCUCAAAUGGAAAGGUGAUUGGAACUGAUAUAUACCAUGAGAUAUGUAAGCUGCAAGGUGAAAAACAAUGGAGAAAUAAGCAAACUAAAAUACAAUAAUGAAAUGUAUGAAGACCCAGAAGAUAUGGCAGGAGUGAUGAACAACGGCUUCCAGUCAGUCUUACCCAGAGAAAGCAACUUUAAAUGUCAAACCCCAGUGGAAUUAAGUGAUGGUGUUCGUGAAAUACAAGUGUCAGCAGAAGAUUCAGACAUAUGCUUGGCAGCAUUGCAUGCAGGGGUUAUUACCAAUCUAGGCACCAAAAUAACCAUCACACGUCAAGAGGACUUUACUAAUGAUCUGUUUGGCACUGCCAAGAAUCGAAUAGUCUCAGAAGAUAAAAGACUAAGUGAUGAAUCAUUCAAAGUCUACAAAGUGGAGAGUACAGAAAAGGUAGAAGGUAAGUUUGAUUCUGGCUUUUAUAAGUACUGUUUGAAGUAGCUGUUUACAUACAUGAUGCAUCACAUCUAUGAUUG